UCAGCUGGCGAGAGGCCACACCUUCCUUUUCCGCUUCUCUCUCUCUCUCGCCACAAAGCACCAAAUCAAACCCUAGAACACCCUCUCUCUCUUCCUUCCUUUCUCUCUCUAGAACCAGGCCCGUCGUCGUCCAUGGGGACUCCGGAGACGUCGAGGGAGCCCUGCCCCGACCGCAUCCUCGACGACAUCGGCGGCGCCUUCGGCAUGGGCGCCGUGGGCGGCUCCGCGUACCACUUCAUCCGGGGCGUCUACAACUCCCCCGGCGGCGCCCGCUUCCUCGGCGGCACCCAGGCCGUCCGCAUGAACGCCCCCCGCGUCGGCGGCUCCUUCGCCGUCUGGGGCGGCCUCUUCUCCGCCUUCGACUGCACCAUGGUCUACGUCCGCCAGAAGGAGGACCCCUGGAACUCCAUCAUCGCCGGCGCCGCCACCGGCGGGUUCCUCCAGAUGCGCCAGGGCGCCGCCGCCUCCGCCCGCUCCGCCCUCUUCGGCGGCGUUCUCCUCGGCCUCAUCGAGGGCGCCGGGAUCAUGAUCAACAAGCUCCUCAGCGCGCCCCCCGGUCCCCCCAUCAUGAUCGACGAGCCCGUCCCGGGCAUGGUCGGGGUGCCGGGGCAGCUCCCUGGGCAGAUCCCUGCGCAGAUGGCGUCCACAGGUGCCGGAGCGUCUACCUCAGGAUCGGAUUCAGGCUCGUGGCUCGGAGGGUUGUUUGGAGGGAAGAAGGAGGAGACUGUGGCAGGCGGCGGCGGAGGAGCGAAGACGGAGAUCUUGGAGAGCUACGAUACGCCCAUGCCUUCAUUUGAGUACAAGUGAACAUUUUACGGUUCCAUUAAAUUGAAGCUGAAGUUUUUAAUUUAGCCGUUGUUAGGUGGGACGAUCAUAAGACGGGGCUUCCGAGGGCUCUGGUUUGAACGAUGUAUCGAAGGUGAUAUGUGUUGUCUUUGUUUUCAUUUCGCAAUGAUAUUCGAUGUCGUGGGCAUCGCUGUAAUAUAAUUCGAUGGCAAUUUUGUCUGGAUUUUGCUUGCGAGACAGGCUAAAUUAGUUUAGCUCUAAAGGACAUUAUUUGGUCAGAACGAUUCGUUUCCAUGUUCAAGAGAAAACUGACAAUUAGAUUAUAUGAAUGAGCUUAUUUGUUUGUGAA